AACAAGAUGGGCGGGGCUUCACGUUCCAGAGGCGGGACCGUAGUUCGGCUCGCGCUGCCUGUAAAUCAACUCAUCUCUCGCGCUGCACGAGAGCGCGCGCUGCCUUUCAGCUGUGGUAGUGGGCGCUCCCAUUUGAGCAGCAGUCACGAUGGUGGCCCUGUCGCUGAAGAUUUGUGUGCGGCAGUGCAAUGUGGUGAAGACGAUGCAGUUCGAGCCCUCCACCCCGGUUUAUGACGCAUGUCGGAUUAUCAGAGAGAGAGUUCCAGAAGCUCAAUCCGGACAAGCAUCAGAUUACGGGCUGUUCCUGUCCGACGAUGACCCGAGAAAAGGUAUCUGGUUGGAAUCAGGACGCACCCUUGAUUACUACAUGCUGCGAAGUGGGGACGUCCUGGAGUACAAGAAGAAACAAAGACCUCAGAAGAUCAAAAUGCUGGAUGGGGCCAUCAAAACCAUCAUGGUUGAUGACUCCAAAACAGUAGGGGAGCUGUUGGUCACCAUUUGCAGUAGGAUAGGAAUAACUAACUAUGAGGAGUACUCGCUGAUCCAGGAACAGGUGGAGGAGAAGAAAGAGGAUGGGAUGGGGACGCUGAAGAAAGACAGAACGCUCCUCAGAGAUGAGAGGAAGAUGGAGAAACUGAAAGCCAAACUUCACACAGACGACGAUUUAAACUGGCUGGAUCAUAGUCGGACGUUUCGGGAGCAGGGCGUAGAAGAGAGCGAGAUACUACUUCUCCGAAGGAAGUUCUUCUACUCCGACCAGAACGUGGACUCACGUGACCCCGUUCAGCUCAACCUCCUAUACGUUCAGGCGAGAGAUGACAUUCUGAACGGCUCCCAUCCGGUGUCCUUUGACAAGGCCUGCGAGUUCGCUGGAAUUCAGGCACAGAUCCAGUUUGGCCCACACGUGGAGCACAAACACAAACAAGGAUUUCUAGACCUGAAGGAGUUCCUACCGAAAGAAUAUAUCAAACAGAGAGGGGCCGAGAAGAGAGUUUUUCAGGAUCACAAAAGCUGCGGUGAGAUGACGGAGAUCGAGGCGAAGGUGAAGUACGUGAAGCUCGCCCGCUCCCUGCGCACAUACGGGGUGUCGUUUUUUCUGGUGAAGGAGAAGAUGAAAAGCAAGAAUAAGUUGGUCCCACGUCUUCUGGGCAUUACCAAAGAGUCAGUGAUGCGGGUGGAUGAGAAGACCAAAGAGGUGGUGCAGGAAUGGCCCCUUACCACAGUAAAGAGGUGGGCUGCCUCCCCCAAGAGCUUUACACUGGACUUCGGUGAGUACCAGGAAAGCUAUUACUCCGUACAAACCACAGAGGGGGAACAGAUCUCUCAGCUCAUCGCUGGAUACAUCGACAUCAUUCUCAAGAAAAAACAGAGUAAAGAUCGGUUUGGUUUGGACGGGGAUGAAGAAUCCACUAUGCUGGAGGAAUCCGUAUCCCCAAAAAAAUCCACCAUUCUCCAACAGCAGUUUAACCGAGUCGGUCGGGUCGAGCACGGGUCCGUGGCUCUGCCUGGCAUUAUGCGAUCUGGAUCGAUUGGAGGUCCUGACACGUUUAACAUGGGCACAAUGCCCUCGGCCCAGCAGCAGAUCACCAUGGGACAGAUGCACAGAGGACACAUGCCACCUCUGAGUCUGGCCCAGCAAGCACUGAUGGGAACCAUCAACACCAGUAUGCAGGCAGUUCAGCAGGCACAAGCUGAUCUGAGAGAGGUAGAUAAUCUACCACCGCUUGGACAGGACAUGGCUUCUAGGGUGUGGGUCCAGAAUAAGGUGGAUGAAUCCAAACACGAGAUCCAUUCCCAGGUGGAUGCUAUUACGGCCGGUACUGCAUCCGUGGUCAACCUUACUGCAGGUGACCCAAUGGACACCGACUACACCGCCGUGGGCUGCGCCAUCACCACCAUCUCAUCCAACCUGACGGAGAUGUCCAAGGGAGUGAAGCUCCUGGCAGCUCUCAUGGAGGAUGAAGUGGGCAGUGGGCAGAAUCUCAUGGGUGCCGCCCGGACCCUCACGGGGGCCGUGUCUGACCUGCUGAGAGCCGUCGAACCUGCUUCUGGAGAGCCCAGACAGACAGUGUUGACUGCAGCGGGCAGCAUCGGCCAGGCCAGCGGAGACCUGCUAAGGCAGAUGGGAGAAGGUGAAACGGAUGAAAGAUUUCAGGACAUUAUGAUGAACCUGGCCAAAGCCGUGGCUAAUGCCGCCGCUAUGCUGGUGCUGAAGGCCAAGAACGUGGCACAGGUGGCUGAGGACACGGCGCUCCAGAACCGGGUCAUCACCGCCGCCACACAGUGCGCUCUGUCCACAUCACAGCUGGUGGCGUGCACGAAGGUGGUGAGCCCUACCAUCUCAUCUCCGGUCUGUCAGGAGCAGCUGGUGGAAGCCGGGCGGCUGGUGGAGCGGUCCGUUGAGGGGUGUGUGAAGGCGUGCCACGCUGCUUCAGAGGAGGGCGAGCUCCUUCGACAUGUGAACAUGGCAGCAGGAGCCGUCAGCCAGGCUCUCAGUGAUCUACUCCAGCACGUGCGGCACUACGCCAGCUGCGGAGAGCCAAUCGGAAGAUACGAUCAGGCCACCGACACCAUCAUGACAGUAACAGAGAGUAUUUUUACGUCGAUGGGGGAUGCAGGUGAAAUGGUACGACAGGCACGGGUUCUGGCCCAGGCCACUUCCGACCUGGUGAAUGCCAUGCGCUCCGAUGCCGAGGCCGAAAUCGAUGUGGAUAAUUCAAAGAAGCUGCUGGCGGCUGCCAAGCUGCUGGCCGACGCCACCGCCAGAAUGGUGGAGGCUGCAAAGGGGGCGGCCGCGUACCCGGAAAAUGAAGACCAGCAGCAGAGGCUGCGUGAGGCUGCCGAAGGGCUGCGAGUCGCCACCAACGCAGCUGCUCAAAACGCCAUUAAGAAGAAGCUUAUUCACCGACUGGAGAAUGCAGCGAAGCAGGCUGCAGCGGCUGCGACACAGACCAUCGCAGCGGCUCAGAAUGCAGCUGCAUCCAACAAGAACACCAUGUCACAUCAGCAGCUAGUGCUCAGCUGCAAGGCUGUAGCAGAUCAUAUUCCACAUCUGGUCCAGGGAAUGAGGGGCAGUCAGGCCCACCCUGAAGACCUCGGUGCUCAGUUGGCACUUAUCUUUGCCAGCCAGAGUUUUCUACAGCCCGGUAGUAAAAUGGUGACGUCGGCUAAAUCGGCCGUUCCGACGGUAACUGACCAGGCAGCUGCGAUGCAACUCGGCCAGUGUGCCAAAAACCUGGCCACGUGCCUUGCAGAACUGCGGACAGCUGCGCAAAAGGCUCAUGAAGCGUGUGGUCCCCUAGAGAUCGACUCUGCGCUCAAUGCUGUUCAGUCUUUGAAGAGUGAGCUACAGGAUGCAAAAAUGGCUGCAUUAGAUGGACAACUCAAGCCAUUACCUGGAGAAUCACUAGAAAAGUGUGCCCAGGAUCUGGGAAGUACAUCCAAAGCUGUGGGCUCUUCCAUGGCCCAGCUGCUGACCUGUGCCGCCCAGGGCAAUGAACAUUAUACUGGUGUAGCUGCGAGAGAAACGGCUCAAGCCUUGAGGACGCUGGCCCUGGCGGCGAGAGGAGUGGCCGCGAGCAGCGUGGAGCCCCAGGCCGCCGCCGGCAUGCUGGACUCCGCCUGUCACGUGAUGGAGGGCUCAGCCAUGCUAAUCCACGAAGCACACCAAGCCCUGGUGUGCCCUGGUGAUGCCGAAAGCCAGCAGAGACUAGCGCAGGUGGCGAAGGCCGUGUCUCACUCCCUCAAUAACUGCGUUAACUGCUUACCUGGACAGAAGGAUGUGGACAUGGCUCUUAGGAGCAUCGGAGAGGCCAGUAAGAAACUUCUUGUGGAAAAUCUUCCUCCGUGCUCCAAAUCCUUCCAGGAGGCACAGACGGAUCUGAACCACACAGCAGCCGAGUUGAACCACUCUGCUGGAGAUGUGGUGCAGUCGACUCGGGGUACCAGCAGUCAGCUGGCCGUAGCCUCUGGAAAGUUCAGCCACGACUUCGAUGACUUUCUAGAUGCUGGCAUUGAGAUGGCCGGACACACUCAGUCCAAAGAUGACCAGAUUCAAGUAAUCGGCAACCUGAAAAACAUCUCUAUGGCAUCCAGCAAGCUGUUGUUGGCCGCCAAGUCCCUCUCUGUGGAUCCAGGAGCCGCAAACGCCAAGAAUCUCCUCGCAGCUGCUGCACGAGCAGUGACGGAGAGCAUUAACCAGCUCAUCACGCUGUGUACCCAGCAGGCACCAGGACAAAAAGAGUGUGACAAUGCUCUCAGAGAACUAGAGGCCGUUCGAGGAAUGUUGGACAAUCCCAAUGAGCCAGUCAGUGAUCUCUCCUACUUUGACUGCAUCGAAAGCGUUAUGGAGAACUCCAAGGUUCUCGGGGAAGCUAUGGCUGGAAUUUCACAGCACUGUAAGACGGGAAACGUGCCAGCGUUUGGGGAUUGUGUAGGUGUGGCAUCGAAAGCGCUAUGUGGAUUGACCGAGGCAGCGGGUCAGGCCUCCUAUUUGGUCGGCAUCUCAGACCCUAAUAGCCAGUCCGGUCAUCAGGGAUUGGUCGAUCCCAUCCAGUUUGCCAGAGCCAAUCAGGCGAUUCAGAUGGCUUGCCAGAACCUGGUGGACCCAGCCAGCAGCCCCUCCCAGGUUCUGUCGGCAGCUACCAUUGUUGCAAAGCACACCUCGGCACUUUGCAACGCCUGUCGUCUGGCGUCUUCCAAAACAGCCAAUCCAGUAGCCAGAAGACAUUUCGUUCAGUCAGCCAAAGAGGUCGCCAAUACCACGGCUAACCUUGUCAAAACUAUCAAGGCCUUAGAUGGGGAUUUCUCGGAUGAGAACCGCGAAAGGUGCCGGAUAGCCACGACCCCGCUGAUUGAAGCUGUGGAUAAUCUCUCCACCUUUGCCUCCAACCCGGAGUUUGCAAGCAUUCCUGCACAGAUAAGCCAUGAGGGUUCAGCUGCCCAGGAACCGAUCGUACGCUCGGCUCGUUCGAUGCUGGACAGCUCCACCCACCUGUUAGAGACCGCCAGGUCACUCAUCAUUAAUCCCAAAGACCCGCCCACCUGGUCCAUCCUGGCAGGCCACUCCCGCACCGUGUCAGACUCCAUCAAAGGCCUCAUCACGUCCAUCAGGGACAAGGCCCCUGGGCAACGAGAAUGUGACCAGUCCAUUGACAGCAUAAACAAGAGCAUCAGGGACAUCGAGCAGGUGUCCCUCGCCGCCGUAGGUCAGAGUCUGCCCAGCAGAGAUGACAUCUCACUGGAGGCUUUGCAGGAGCAGCUGACCUCUGCCGUGCAGGAGAUCGGUCAUCUCAUUGACCCCAUCAAUACUGCAGCACGGGGGGAAGCCGCCCAACUCGGACAUAAGGUGUCUCAGUUGGCGAGCUACUUCGAGCCGGCUAUUGUGGCGUCGGUGGGCCUGGCGUCUAAACACGCCGACCACCAGCAACAGAUGAACAUACUGGAUCAGACCAAAACCCUGUUCGAAUCGGCUCUACAGAUGCUGUAUGCUGCCAAAGAGGGGGGAGGGAACCCUAAGGCGACUCACACCCAUGAUGCAAUAGCUGAGGCGGCCCAGCUGAUGAAGGAGGCCGUCGAUGACAUCAUGGUGACGCUGAAUGAGGCAGCGAGUGAGGGUGGGAUGGUGGGCGGCAUGGUGGAAUCCAUCGCUGAAGCUAUCGGACGGAUGGAUGAAGGAACGCCGCCAGAGCCUGACGGCACUUUUGUGGAUUACCAGACCACCAUGGUGAAGUUUUCAAAAGCUAUCGCUAUAACAGCACAGGAAAUGAUGACUAAAUCUGUGACAUGUCCAGAAGAGUUGGGUGGGCUGGCGUCUCAGGUGACUGUGGAUUACAGCCAGCUGGCACAGCAAGGCCGUCUGGCAGCCUCCACCGCCGAGCCAGAGGAGGUUGGAUCCCAGAUCAAGUCGCGGGUGCAGGAGUUGGGUCACAGCUGCAUCUACCUGGUGCAAAAGGCCGGAGCCCUUCAGAUCAGUCCGACGGACAGCUUCACCAAAAGAGAGUUGAUCGAAUACGCCCGUGCCGUCACUGAAAAGGUGUCCAUGGUGUUAUCAGCCCUGCAGGCCGGUAAUAAAGGAACUCAAGCCUGCAUAACUGCAGCCAGUUCUGUUUCCGGCAUCAUCGCAGAUCUGGACACCACCAUCAUGUUUGCUUCAGCCGGCACGCUCAACUCUGAGAACGAGGAGUCCUUCGCUGACCACAGGGAGAACAUAUUGAAAACUGCUAAAGCUCUGGUGGAGGACACCAAGCUGCUUGUUUCUGGUGCUGCUUCGAGCCAGGACAAACUAGCCCAGGCGGCCCAGUCCUCUGCCAAGACCAUCACACAGCUCACAGACGUGGUCAAGCUGGGUGCCACGAGUAUGGGCUCGGAGGACCCGGAGACACAGGUGGUUCUGAUAAACGCAGUUAGAGACGUUGCUAAAGCUUUGGCUGAGCUGAUUAGCGCCACCAAAUGUGCCUCGGGCAAGGCAGCGGAUGACCCUUCUAUGUACCAGCUGAAGAGUGCUGCCAAGGUAAUGGUGACCAACGUAACAUCUCUACUGAAGACUGUAAAAGCGGUAGAGGACGAGGCCACUCGCGGGACGAGAGCGUUGGAAGCCACUAUUGAGUGCAUCAAACAGGAACUUACAGUUUUCCAGUCCAAGGACGUUCCGGAGAAAUCCACCACCCCGGAAGAGUUCAUUCGCAUGACCAAGGGCAUCACCGUAGCGACAGCCAAAGCUGUGGCAGCAGGCAACUCUGCCCAGCAGGAAGAUGUGAUAUCCACUGCCAACCUGAGCCGCAAAGCCAUUACCGAGAUGCUCACCACCUGCAAGCAAGCCGCGUACCACCCGGAAGUAAGCAUAGAUGUGAGGAAUAAAGCACUUCUCUAUGGUAUCGAGUGCACCACCGGAUACAUCGACCUGCUAGAACACGUUCUGCUCGUCCUGCAAAAACCCACUGCCGAACAGAAACAGCAGUUGGCCACGCUGUCCAAAAAAGUGGCCGGCUCGGUCACAGAGCUCAUUCAGACUGCCGAAGCCAUGAAAGGUUCUGAAUGGGUGGACCCAGAAGACCCCACUGUGAUAGCGGAGACGGAGCUCCUGGGUGCCGCUGCGUCUAUCGAGGCCGCGGCCAAGAAACUCGAGCAGCUGAAGCCCAGAGCCAAGCCAAAGCAAGCCGAUGAGUCUCUGGACUUCGAGGAGCAGAUCCUGGAAGCAGCCAAGUCGAUUGCCGCGGCAACCAGCGCUCUGGUCAAAUCAGCAUCGGCCGCUCAGAGAGAGCUUGUGGCGCAGGGCAAGGUGGGCUCCAUCCCCGCCAACGCAGUAGAUGAUGGCCAGUGGUCCCAAGGUCUAAUUUCAGCUGCCCGGAUGGUUGCUGCAGCUACCAGUAACCUUUGCGAGGCUGCUAACGCUUCGGUUCAGGGUCACGCCAGCGAGGAGAAGCUCAUUUCUUCAGCCAAACAGGUGGCGGCUUCCACGGCUCAGCUACUGGUGGCCUGUAAGGUCAAAGCUGAUCAGGAUUCAGAGGCCAUGAGAAGACUGCAGGCUGCUGGUAAUGCAGUCAAACGAGCAUCCGACCACCUGGUGAAGGCUGCGCAAAAAGCGGCUUUCGACAAAGCCGAAGAUGACAGCGUCGUGGUUAAAACGAAAUUUGUGGGAGGAAUCGCUCAGAUCAUUGCAGCGCAGGAGGAGAUGCUAAGAAAGGAGAGAGAGUUAGAGGAAGCCCGCAAGAAACUCGCCCACAUCCGACAGCAGCAAUACAAGUUCCUGCCCAGCGAACUGCGGGAAGACCAGAGUUGAACACUUCCGAUUGGACACGAUACCUGCCUCGGUUUGCGAUUGUUAAAGAUGAUUGGCUGCUCCUCCUUACGUACAGCCAUAUCUCACGCGAUUGGUUGUUUUGAUAUCAGGUAGCUUAAGUUAAAUGUGAUUGGCUCACCACUCACGGCAGCAUGGGACUAGCACCACUGAUUGGCUGUUUGGCUCUCACAAGAAUUGGUUUUCUCUUACUUAGGGCUAUUCUGUUAUGUUUGUAUUGUUUUAAGGUUUGAACCACUUGUUAGUUUGCGUGCGUGAAUGCGUGUACACGUUUUUAUGUAUCUGUCAUUACCGUAAAGUUCUUUACUAUGUCAGUAA